AUGGCCGACUACACCUCGCUCAAGGUGCCGGAGCUGAAGAAGCUCCUUGCCGAGAAGAAGCUUCCCCAGACCGGCAACAAGGCCGACCUCAUUGCGCGACUGCAAGAAGACGACAAGAAGAACACCGCGUCCGCCCCGGAAGCCGAAAAGUCUGAGAACAAGGAGGAUGAAAUCAACUACAGCGACGACGAAGCCACCACCUCAAAACCAGAGCCGGAGCAGCCCGCCCAACCCGUAGAGAAGCCCGCCGAAGAGCCUGCCGCCGCCGCCGCCCCAGAAGAAGCAGCCCAGGACGAGUCCAAACCCGCUGAAGAAGCCGGCGAGAAGCCCGCUGCCGAGGAAGCGCCCAAGGCGCCUGCCCCGUCCUUUGCCAUGGGUCUCUCGUCCACGACCGCCGACGAGGAGCUUAAGAAGCGCGCCGAGCGGGCCAAGCGCUUCGGCACGGAGCUCGACGACGAGACCAAGAAGCUGGCCGAGCGGGCGAAGCGCUUCGGCAUCGACGACAAGGAGAUCGCCGGCGGCCUGGACUCGGCGCUGCCCGAGAGGCCGCUGAAGCGCGGCCGCGGCCGCAACGAGGGCGGCGACGGCAACAGCCGGCCCGGCAAGAGGCGCGGCGGUGGCGGCCAGGACCGCAGGGAGCCCUCGGGCAACGAGAGGCGGAGCGCGCGCAACAGGGGCGGCCGGGACCAGGGCGGCAAGGCGUCGGGGAAGCCCAAGUUUGGCAGCGUCAUAGAGGAUCCUGUCGAGCGGGCAAAGGCCGAGAAGCGGGCUGCCCGAUUCGCUGCGGCGUAA